GUUUCAAUUCACGGGUUGAAUUUCAAAAGGACUAGGGUUAUUAUGAUAACAAGAAAAUUGCAUCAAUACCACUGCCAUAUUCUCACACCCAUCUGAAAUAGUAUAAGAAGACUGUGAACUUCUUUUGUAAAUCUAAUAGUUUCUAUUGAUCCAAGCAACAACAUCACUCCUACUACAAAUCAUGGGAAACUUACUACUUUUCGUUAUUCCUCUGGCUCUAGCUAUAGCCGUUCUUCAACUUAUUCAAUUGAUAAAAUCCCACAGAAAAUAUGAUUCAGAUCAACUACCACCUGGACCUCCAGGUCGUGAUCAUGCAAAUUUCUUAGACAAUGAUCGUUGGAACAUGUUUAAGGCAUGGAACGAACAAUAUGGCAAUGUAGCCACUUUCUAUACUGGUAAACAGCUCAACAUCGUACUCGGGACCAUGGAGGCUGCUGUAGAUAUUCUCGAGAAAGCCGGCGAAACAUUCUCAAGUCGUCCACACUUUAUCAUGGGUGAAUUUCUGUUCUCAAGACUGCGUGGCUUCUCAAUGACCUACGGGCCCAAAUGGCGAAAUUGGCGAACACUACAAAACUCACACUUCAGUCCCCAGGUAGCACCUAAAGUUAAGCCUAUGCAAAUCAAUGAAUCCGCAAUUUUAAUGCACGAUUACUUGACAAAUGAUGACCCCUCCAAGCAACACAAAAUACUCAGAAGGUACACAGCAUCUUUGAUGUUUUACAUGGGAUAUGGGCGUCGCGUUACAUCUCUUGACGACCCUCUUUGCGUAGCACAUGAUCAGGAAGAAGAAUACAUUGAAAGUACAAAAGUACCAGGUCGAUUUCCCCUUGAAAGUUGGCCCAUGUUGCUAUGGCUUCCUCGUCCUUUACAAUGGUUCCGACAUGAGCCUGAGAAGCACCGAGAUACCAAUACAAAGUUAUACACAACAGCUAUGAACGAGGUCAAAAGAAAGAUGGAAGAUGGCACCGCUGUUCCAUGUACAUCCACUUACGGUCUUACAAAACAAAAGGAGUUAGAUAUGCAUGAUGAUGUCGAAUUGGCAUAUGCUCUUUCUGCUCCAUGGGCUGCAGGUAUUGGAACGACUACUACCGCAUUCGAAAUAGCAAUUCUGGCUAUGUUACAUUAUCCAGAAUGUCUCCGGGAGGCAAAAGCCGAAAUAGAUGCAGUUGUUGGAAAGGAUCGCAUGCCAACAUUUGAAGACCAGCAAUCACUACCCUACUUGGGAGCUUUUAUUAAGGAGACAUUGAGAUGGAGACUCGUAACACCAACGGGUAUUGCUCACUCUUCAACCCAGGACUACAUUUAUAAGGGCAUGUUAAUUCCGAAAGACGCCUCUGUUUAUGCCAACGCCGCCGAAAUCAUGAAAGACCCAGCCGUUUUCCCCGAAGGCGAGAAGUUCAGACCCGAAAGAUUCUUGGAGACGAAUGACCCCAGGCUCCUCAACUAUCGUUUUGGUUGUUUUGGUUUCGGUCGAAGAAUGUGUCCCGGUAUGCACGUCGCACUUCAAUCGAUGUAUAUCGUUAUUGCGCGGUUGAUCUGGGCAUACGAUGUUCUUCCAGUUACUAUUAACGGCAAACCAUAUAUACCAGACGAGAACGACUUCACUUGUGGGCUAGUCAGCUAUCCAGCUAAUUUGAAAUUUCAACUCGUGCCUCGCAGCGAGAAACAUAGAGAGAUUAUCAUUGCUGACGCAGAACAUGCCAAUGCUGAUAUGGCACACUUGGAAGGUUCAAGCGCAUCGUACAAUAUCUGAACCCACCACUUGGCCAGAACAGUGCUUGGAAAGAUUGGAGAUUUACCCAUGGCAACUCUUUGAAGUUUGGAAGCUUUCAAAGACCAAGUUCCAUAUCAAGCCGUUAGGAAUUCUUGGGAAAUGUGGGAGACCGGGAUGAAAAUUUCUAUCUAUCGCUGUCUCCUCCAUUGAUGUAGGGAUUUAGGAACUAUUUUUCGAUAAAUACCAGUUGUUAGUUUGUUUUUUAAGCUACUACAGUAUCCAGCGACUUCUAUAAGUCUAUUGUCUUCAAGUCAUUAGAGUUUUAGAAAUUUUAGGCACUAGAAAGCCA